AUGGAUGAGUGGUUGGGGAGAAGGAAGGGGGCCCUGACAUUCAGGGUGACGCAGGUAGUGUCCGGACACGGCUGUUUCGGACACUACCUGCACAAGAUACAGAGGGAACCGGGGCCCCAGUGCAACGAAUGUGGCGCAGCGGAUGACACGGCCCAGCACACUCUGGAAGAGUGCAAUCGCUGGGCCGUGGAAAGAGUGGCCCUUAGGGCGGUGACGGGGGUUGCGGACCUCUCGCUACACAGCAUAAUUGUGGCGAUGCUGGGUAGCGAGAGGAAAUGGGAAGCGGUGGCCUCCUUCUGCGAAAAAGUCAUGUCGCAGAAGGAGAAGGCGGAAAGGGAGCGAGAAGCAUCUGCGAAUGCGCCUCCUCUCCGUCGCAGGCGGCAGGGUCGAGGGCGAAGAGCCCAUGCUCGCCUCGAGCCCUAG